AUGGCAACACCCACACUGACAGUUAAACGUUUUCAUAUAUUUGUUGAAUCGGAUCUUAUAAAUCUUCAAAAUGAAAGAUGUAUGUUUGAGCUUAAUGACCAAACUUCUUUGAAAGAAUUCAAAGAACGGGUUAUUGCUCGUAAUGAUGAACUUUCAGUGGUUAGAACAUAUAUUGAACAAUUAAAAAUAGAAUAUCGUGAUGAAGAAAUACCAGAAUAUCCAUUGGAUAGUGGAAUUACUGUAUAUGAAGCUCUUCAUUUAAAUGAAGAGAUUUUAUCUGAAACACAUAAUGUUGUGAAAAUAAAAGUAUUUAAACAUGCAAAUGUAAAUGGAACUGGUGGAAUAUUGAGUCGAGACUUUUGGAGAGAUGUAAGAUCUGACGGAAGAUUGCAGUUUUUACCCCAACAAGAUCAACAACAAGAACAAAUGGAUACACCUGAAGUUACAAUUCCUGUAGAAGAAUCUGUAUCAGAAUCUAUACAACCACCAGAUUUGAGAUCGCCAAACAUAGCCCACAUUGAACCAACCAAAAUUGCUGUACAUGGUGGUAGAGUAUGGGAAAUGGAAGGUACUACUUAUGAAACCUUAAUAGAACCAAAUACAGGAGAAAAGAAACUUGUAGCUCAGGAAGACUUGACAAGUUCAGAAUACAUCUUGACAUUGGAACUUGAUGGUGUUAUUAAAAAAGCUACUUUGAAUACCUCAGAAUGUAUUGUUGUUGAUAAUGGUAUUCAUAAUCCAUAUUUGUUGUUAAGCCCACUGGGCACUGCCAAAUUAAACUCAGUGUUCAAGCUGUCAUCAGGAGAAUCGUUGAUGCAAAAGGUACAAAUAAUGAUGUAUACACCUCCUACUCCCACACAACCACCACCACCGCAACAGCAACAGCAACAGCAACAACAAGAACAAGCAGAGGGUCAAGCACAACAACAAAAUGAUGAUCUUCAAAGAAGAAUCGUUGACAUUGGUACACGAUUUGGUGUCAAUGCAUUCAAAUUAGGUGUAGUUUUGUAUCUUCUUGGAGUGAGACCAAAUCAACAUUUAAUGCAACAUUGGUUCAAGUAUUUGGUGUUAUUUAUUAUAUUAUUCAAUUCCUAUGUUAUGUUUUUCACGGGUGAAAAUAGAGUGAUCAGGUUUCAUGGAGAUUUCUCAUUUAUUGGUAGAAUAACAGAUGCUGCAGUUAAACGAGUUGUUCGAAGAACAACAGAUCUUGAAUUAAUAACACUGAAUGAUCCAAAUUGGUUAAAGAUGCUUAAAUGGAAUAUGGAGAAUAUUUUCAAGGAUAUUGUCAUGUCAGUAAUGUCAAUUGUUCCCUGGUUACUGGAUAAAAUUUAUGUCGAGGCACAAAUAGCUGAUCAUGACACCGAGGAGUAUGAGAAUAUCAUUAGUUUACUUGAUGCUGAUGUCAAUGCUAACUCAAAUUCUGAUAUCAACACUAAUGCCACUACAAAUGCGGAUACUAAUGAGGUCAACGAUAACAAUUAG